CGGCGCGGUCAGUAUCGAGCCGUCCUUCGGGCUGGUUGUGUCGUUGUCGAGAGCGUUUCUUGCGCAAUUCGUUGUUUUGCGUCGCGCGGCGACUCCUCUCCGCUUUUUUCUUUGUGCGUACCUGAGCAAUCCACCUCGAGAGCUAUGUCCGAGGCGCACGUCGACGAGUACGAGCACUUCAACUACGACUACGACAAGCACAUCUUCACCGCGCACGGCGGUAAGCAGAGGAGCAAACGCGAGGCCGUCGCGCAUACCAAUCACUUCGACCCGAGCGGCCAUUCCAGGAAGAUUCUCACCAAGCUGAUGAACACCGAGCACAACAAACGGCAGACAACACCCGGCAAGAGCAAGGCGUAAUCCGCAUAGAUUGCGCACGUUCCUACGCCUUCGGCGGCAGGUGUUGUCACGUUGGAUCUCAUCACGCAAGACUUGCUUACCGCCUAAGGGACGACCGAAAGAAAUCUAUAUGAAUAUUCGCCACGCUCUUAUUGUCUAAGGAAAUGCAUUUAGUCACAUAAGUUCUCACUCGGCGUAAGAUUGGCGCGGGUAUUGGAGGAUGUGAAAUUGAUACUCGUGCCUCUUCAUCUAUGUCAGAGGCACGAAUCAUGUUAUUUAAUAAGAGUACAAAGUAAUACACUUUGACUGUUGCUUACUUCGUUUGAAUCUGGAGUUUGCAUGACACUCUUUUUUUUUUUCUUUAUUGUAGGAUCGUAGGAUUAUAUAUUACGUAUUGAUUUCUCGUGCGUUACUAUCAAAUCGAUAAGCUAUGAUUUAUUGUGAUUCCUUUUUUUUACUUAUAUGAUUAUUAGAUGUAUGAGAUCUAAUAAAUAAAAUUUCCUUACGCUUGUAGCUCCUUUUAGCGCGUGCGUUCUCCGGUGCGUCGCAGUAGAAGAAAUUAUAUGCUGCACACACUGGUCGCGUGUCGCGGCGACACGCGACCAGUGUGUAGCAGGCCUUAUCGCUGAGCUGAGCAAUAAUCGAGCGAUAAACGUUGCAAAAAUUCUUGCUAUUGUUCACGAGGAACGGUCAUUGUCAUCGCGACGCACUUGGAAAACUCGCGCUUAGAAGCGGGCUAAGUUGAUCCAUUUGAAUCAACUUGAGACCACACGAUGUUUAAUGUUUAAGAACGCGACUCUUGCACGUUGCAAUUGGUGAUAAAUUCUUCAGAGUCGCGAGAUAUAUCUCGCAAGUUUUUCUCGCGCGAUAAGAUAGCCUAUCGUGUGUAUUAACAGCAUCAUGAUAUAAUUGUGUUAAAAGGAAAUUGUGAAAUAAAGAUUUCUAGUUGAUGAGA